AGGGGAAAGAAAACUUUACCAAGUUACCCAAAGUAUUCCAUAUUCCAUAUUCAGCUAAAAAUUCUAAAGAUUUGUUCAUAAAUAAAGCAAGCUAGGGCAUACAGGCUUUAUUUGUUAAAAAAUAAAUGUAAAUGUAAAUGCUUGGUAAAUGUUAUUUAAAUUUGUUUUAAAAAAUAAGAGCGUUAUCAACUAAAAUCAAACUGAUAUUAUGUUUUUUCAUGUCGCAAAGUGUUAAAAGUUUUUCCUAAAUCUUUUUUUUAUGUUCAAUAAAUAUGACAACUUUUGAAGUUUAUAUUAUAAAAUUGAAAUACUAGCCAAAACUGCUUCUGGAAACACAUUCUACAAAAUUUUUAUUUGUAAAAAAUAAGAGAAAAAAAAAUAUAAAGAUGCCUAAGAGUAAUUGUAGUGACUGCACAUGUCGUUUGGCCAAAGAGGUGUGCCAGCUAAAGGCUGUUGUGAAUGCCCAGAGCAAGACCCUCUCCAAGUUGGUCCGGCAGAUGAAGGAUGGUUGCAAAAAGGAUGAGGAGCCCAAAGAAUCCACCCUGUGCGGUUUGAAUCCUUGUCUGAAGUGCCUGCAGCCCGACAUACUUUAUCAUCUGGGGCUAGACACGGAGACUACUGAUUUCCCCAAAGUGUUCGGCGAUGUGCGGUUCGUUUGCAUGGGGGGUACACCGGGGCGUAUGGAGAAUUUUGCCUACUACUUGAUGCAGGAGAUCGGCCUCAAGAUAAACGCGGCCACCAAACUGCGGGACAUGGGGGAGGCGGGCAAGCGAUUCGCCUUGUUCAAGGUGGGUCCCGUGCUAUGUGCCAGCCACGGAAUGGGCUGUCCAUCGAUUUCCAUCCUGCUGCACGAGCUCAUCAAGAUGAUGCACCACGCCAAGUGCCAAGAUCCCGUCUUCAUCCGGAUUGGAACCUGUGGUGGCAUUGGUGUCGAUCCCGGAACCGUGGUCAUCUCCUCCGAGGCGGUGGAUGGUCGGCUCAAUCCCGCCCACGAGAUCCUGGUACACGGCGUCAGUGUCCAACAUGCCAGCCAGUUGGACGAGGGUCUGGCUGAUGACAUCAAGUCCUGCCACGAUCCCAGCAAGGACAAUUAUGAAACCAUCGUCGGACGGACGAUGUGCACCCAUGAUUUCUACGAGGGUCAGUCGCGAUUGGAUGGCGCCUUUUGCGAGUACACACCCGAAAUGAAAAAGACCUACUUGGAGGAGCUUCAGAACCAGGGGGUGAAGAACAUCGAGAUGGAGAGUCUGGCUUUGGCCGCUCUUACCAGCAGGGCCAAUAUAAGGGCUGCAGUGGUCUGCGUGGCCAUAUUAAAUCGCGUCAAUGGAGAUCAGAUCAAAACGCCGCAUGAGAUUUUGGCCAAAUGGGAGAAGCGACCGCAGGUGCUAGUGGCCCGCUAUAUACGCAAAGUUUUGUACUUCCACGAAAAUGAUUCCGACUGGGAAGAACCUGACGAGGAUGAGUGCGAAGGAGAAACUCCAGAGAAGGCUGCGACUCCACCAGGCGGUGCUGGAGACACUCAAAAGGCGCCCGCAGAGGAGGCUGAAUAAUAUUCUUGGGCUGGAAAUACACAUUGUCGACUUGUGACUGCACCAACAUUAAAAACAAAAAAAAAACCA